AUGUUGCAAAUCACGUCACUGCUGGCACUGGCGGCGGUGCAGCUUCUCGGCAGUGCCACUGCUGUGUCCACAGAAGAGACACAGCACGUUCUGGUUGAUUUUAAUGGUGGAUCUGCUGAGGACUUGUAUCAAGUGAAAGAAGAGCUGAAGAAAGCUGAGAUCAUUCCCAGCGUCAUUGAUGAUUUCUUGCCGUCUCUCCUCGUCGGUGCAGAAUGGCCUUCAAGCAAACAGGCUGAGCUCGGAAACACCAUCAAACCCAAGAAGCUACAGGACGAGCCGACCAUCACCCUCACCCGUCCCAAAUCCGCCGCCGGGCCCUGCAGCUCCGUCGCCAACAUCACAUACACGGUCACGCUGACCGACCCAGACGCCCCCUCGCGCGAAGACCCGAAAUGGUCAGAGAUGUGCCACUGGAUCGCGACAGGCCUUGCCACCUCCGAUGACGAGGACUCGUCCUGUUCCUCGUCACUUACACUGUCAUUGUCAGAUCUGAAGGAACUCAUGCCUUAUUAUCCGCCAGGCCCGCCAGAGAAGACCGGAAAGCACCGAUAUGUGUUAUUCGUCUUUGCGCCUGCCAACGGGACGACUGACCCGCUUCAUUUGAAGAAACCUGAGGACCGUCGGCAUUGGGGUUACGAAUUUGACGGUGACCGGGUUGGCGUGCGCAAGUGGUCCCGUGAGAAUGGUUUGGUGCCAGUGGCCGCAAACUUCGUUUACUCUCAGAAUAAGAAGCAGUGA